AUGAGUGGCAAGAUGAUGAUCUACAAGCUCGUGGUGCUCGGCGACGGUGGUGUGGGCAAGACGGCGCUGACGAUCCAGCUGUGUCUCAAUCACUUCGUCGAGACGUACGACCCGACGAUUGAGGACUCGUACCGCAAGCAGACGGUCAUCGACGACCAGCCGUGCAUGCUCGAGGUGCUCGACACCGCCGGCCAGGAGGAGUACACUGCGCUGCGGGAUCAGUGGAUCCGGGAGGGCGAGGGCUUCCUGCUGGUGUACUCGAUUGCCGCACGCGCGACGUUCGAGCGCGUCGAGCGCUUCCGCGCACAGAUCUCACGGGUCAAGGACCAGGAGCCCAACACGGUGCCGAUCAUGCUCGUGGGCAACAAGUGCGACAAGGUGGCGGAGCGCGAGGUGUCGCGCGACGAGGGGCAGGCGCUGGCGAACCGGUUGGGCUGCAAGUUUGUCGAGUCGAGCGCAAAGACGUCGGUGAACGUGGAGCGGGCGUACUACACUGUCGUGCGCCACAUCCGGGAACAGCGCGACGGCAUCGCGGCCGGCACGCCAAAAAAGCCGAAGAAGCGGUGCAUGAUCCUAUGA